UAUUCCAUUUCAUUUAGAAACAUAACAUAGUACAAUUUCUUUCUUCCUCCGCAUCCUUCCCUCUCUUUCACUAUAGCUCUCUCUCUCCCUUCUCUACCACCAUAACUCUGCCAUUUUCUCCUUCUCUCCAUGUUUCUUUGUCUAUUCCCUCUCUGCCUCCCUCUCUUCCUCCCUUUCUCCUUUACCACCAUAGCCACCACCACUUUUUCCCAUGUUCCUUUGUCUACUCCAUCCCUCGUUUCCCCCUUUCUCUCUCUCUCUCUCUCUCUCCCUCCUCUACCAUAGUCACAACCACUUUCUCUUUCUCCUCUACUCUAUCCCUCACCACUUUCUCUCUCCCUCACUCCCUUUAUCCGACAUCUCCGUCAUUUUUUAUCUAUUCGGCAUUCCAUUUUCUUCUAUCUAUUUGACAUCUUCCCUCUUUCUCCCCUCCAUCCGUUUUUUUUUCUCUUUCUAUCAUGUAAACUUCUCUAAUUUUCUUCAUAAUCCCUAUUCUAUAUCAUGCGUCAUAUGUUCUAUACUAUUUUAAAUUACAGUAUAGUACAAUACAUUUCUUUUUCUCUUCUUUUGCAAUUCGUAUCUCAUUCUCUGCUUCCUGAUUCUUGUUACUCACUACUUGAUCAGUUACACUGUUUUGUUCUUACAACACUGUCGCCACUCAUUAUUUCUCUCUAAGAAAAUUUUAGAGAAUUUCAUAUAUACAAAGUUUGUGGGUGUGUCGAGUAUUCCAUACCAUAACAUAUAACAUGUAUAGCAUAGUCACGUAAUGGAUAAGAGUUUGGGUUUAGGGUUUAGAGUUUAGGAUUAGGAUUUGGGUUUAGGGUAUAUGGUUUGGGUAUAUGGUUUGGGUUUAGGAUAUAUGGGUUGGGUUUAGUGUAUAUGGUUUGGGUUUAGGGUUUAGAGUAUAUGGUUUGGGUUUAGGGUUUAGAGUAUAUGGUUUGGGUUUAGGGUAUAUGGUUUGGGUUUAGGGUUUGGGUUUAUGAUAUAUGGUUUGGGUUUAUGGUAUAUGGUUUGGGUUUAGGGUUUAUAGUAUAUGGUUUGGGUAUAUGGUUUGGGUUUAGGGUUUGGUUUAGUGUAUAUGGUUUGGGUUAAGUAUUUGGGUUUAGGGUAUAUGGUUUGGGUAUAUAAGUUAGGUUAGGGUUAAGCAUACUCUCUACAAACCAUUCAUCUUUUUCAGUUUUUUUAUUUUCUUCAUCUUCUUUAUAAUGGUUGUUGGUAUAAAUUAAUUGUUCUGUACUAUAUAUUUGAGAAAGAUAGUAUAGUACGAUAUCAAUCGUUAUAUUAAUUAAAUCCUACGCGCCAGAAAGGAGAACGUGAUCCAUCUCUAUGUCAAAUUGACACAGCUUUUCAUGGAUGGCUAUAUUCUUAAUUGUCUGGGCUCUUAUGAUUAUUAAGCAAAUUGACCCUAUAUAAUAGUCAGUUUAUAAACGAAACUUGAUCUCUCUUCUGGAGUCAAACCAAUUGAUCCUGCCUAUGAUUUGCCAGUCGAUGUCAUCAACCUGAUUGUUUUUAACCAAAUGAUUGCUACCAUUUCCGGUUCUAAUAUUUUGGUUCAGUUAUGAUUUGACAAACCUUUACUAUUAAAUUGAGUAAAAAAAAAACAUUUACAAUCUCAAACCUCUCCCAUGAAUAGUUUACAACCAAGAAAAGUGAUGAGCAAGGAGGCAGUAUAAUAUGAUUCUCAUCUCUUCUUACUUUCUCUAUGCCUUUGAAAACAUAUAAAUUGCUUCUAAGUGUUUUUUUUUCAUCCAUUGAAAAGAUAAUAAGUGUAUUUCAUCUAAAACAAGAAUCUGAUUCAACUCCUAUACUACUAGUCCUUUAGGUUUCCGCCGUCUGUUGCCACGGAGCUGGUCGAGCUUUACAAGCAUCUCGGCAUAGAGAAUCUCGUUCCAAGUAUCAGGAACCCCUGGGAGGCACCAGUGACUGCAGUCUUGGUACAACAACGGUGAUUUGCUUUCUUCUGCAGUAAAUUUCUGUCUCCUAUAAACAGACAGAGUGAGCGUCCUUCCUGUAGUCUGUUAACCUCGUGAUGUUGAGAUGCGUGACCGGCGUGUGUAGCUUGCUUACCUACCAAUUUAUACUCAUGCUUGUAUUGCAAGGAAAGGUACUAUCGUGUCGUGAUCACCAUUGUUUCACGAAAAAUGUAUAAACGAUUUGACGCUUGUAAAAACAAACAAACUUACAGCUGCUCUUGUGUCACUUGGUAUAUCAGCAAGUGGAUAAUUCUUGAAUAAGAGAAACUAUCUAGCUGUGUAUUAUAAAGGAACUCAACCAAAGAUUCACCUUCCUGGUUCUCUAUGCUACUUAGGAAGAGAUUAAUUCCCUACAUGUUGACAUCAAGGCAAAGAAUGGCCAGAUGAUUGCCACGUUGGAGAAACAAAUCUUGGUUUUGGUAUGAGGCACUGGAUAAAUCUGACAUCGUGCAGUACUUAUUCAUCCUUCUUUUUUCUUCUGUUUACACUCUAUGAAGUUGUUUCUCUGCAAAUAUUAGAGUUUGGGCAAAGGCCAAACCAUACUAACGAUGAAGCCAAUAGUAUGAUCUACGCUUCGUCUCAUCCUUUUAUCCAGGAACAACUCAAUCAAAAGACAUGUGAAUAUGAAGUUGCAAACCUAAAGCAGCAACUCUCUAAUUCGCUGGAACUAGCACAGGAAAAAGAGGUGAAACUGAAAGCUAAGGAACUAAGCGAAUCAAAGGAUCAACUAGAACCACCGUAACAGGAAAAACUCGCAGAAGAUAAUUCAAGUCUCGCAUCAGCAGCUGAGCUCAAGGCAUUAUCCG